AUGGGGGCAAGCGGAUCUUCACAUGAGCCCCAAUAUGUUAUGCAUUUCCCAGCUCAGCCUAUAUACCCGAUGAGGAUUCCUCAUGUUGAUGAGUUAACCUUGGAGGGGUCUCAUAAGGACAAAAUGAUAGGAGCUGAAGGUUUGGAGAAGUGGGCUGCCCUAGAGGAGAGGGUAAGGGCAGUUGAGGGAAAUCAUUUGUAUGAACCGGUGAAAGCCGCCGAGAUGUGUUUGGUACCUAACAUAGUCAUUCUUAAGAAGUUUAGGGUGCCAGAAUUCAUCAAAUACACUGGAACUCAAUGUCCAAUAACCCACCUUAAGUCAUAUUGCAAUAAGAUGGUCGAGGUAGUGCAAGAUGAGAAGUUGUUAAUCCAUUUCUUCCAGGAUAGUUUGAGCGAUGUUGCUCUCACUUGGUACAUGCGUUUGGAUAACACCAAGAUAAGGGGUCAUAAGGAAUCUGUAAGGGAGUAUGCACAAAGGUGGCGCGAAACGGUAGCACAGGUUAAUCCGCCAUUAUUGGAGAAGGAAAUGAUAGGUUUGUUCUCCAAUACUUUUAAAGAACCAUACUUUGAGUACUUGGUGGGAAGUUCUGCACAAAGCUUCUCUGAUUUGGUUGUUAUAGCUGAACGAAUUGAACAAGCCAUUCGAAUGGGUAGGAUCACAGACCCAAGUGAAAAAAGGGGUUUUGUUGGACGCAAGAAGGAGGUUGACGUCCACAACGUCAAAGGUGAAGGCAAAAGUAGAAGACAUGAUGGCAUUGGGAGUGUUGAGGAUAGGGGGCUUGAAGAAAACCUUGUAGGAACCAUGACUGGUUUCGACAAAAAGGUUGAAGUCUUGCAAAGGAAACUAGAGGUUUCUGAGGCGGCAAAGAUGGCUGCUAAAUAUUUUCUGAAGCACGGACUGCCAUUCCAGUAUGUCCCUAUCACAGGAAUGCCCGAGAGGAUCAAAAUAAUAAAGAUGAAAUGCACCGAUCAGAGGUUCGGUUUAGGUUUUAAACCUAGAAAGGAAGAUUUCAAGAGAGCGGCCGAGUUUAAAAGAGAAAGGAGAUUGGCUCGAAUCGAAGGAAGAGAGCCUAAUGAAGGCCGAAUCCAGAUCCCUCCAAUACACGUAACAUUCCCACGACCUGCACAAGUGAUCAAUGCUGAGGGUGAAAUUGAGAGGAUGAACAAAGAAUUUAGCGGUGCUACCAUCCACUAUCUGGAAGAGAUCAACAAACAAGAAACCCAAGGGGGUUUUAAAGACCAAGAGAGCCUCUAUGAAGAACUACCUCAACUGACUGUGAGUGCUCUAGAGGAUGGUCUACCUGAGUUUGUGAGAAGAUUAGCUGAAGGGGAAGAGUUGAACAAUUGGGAAAUUCAAGAAGUCCUAAUUAUCUUUAAAAAGGAAUCUGAAAGCGGGACAUCGAUAAACUUACAAACCCAUUGCAUUGAGAAUAAUUGGCCUAAAUUUGAUAAAACUAUAACUUCAAUGGAUGAGGAAGAAGAUGGUGAAGAUGACAUUGAGGAGUUCAAGAAGCUUAUAAAACAAUUCGAACAUGCAUGGGAGCCGACAAAAGAGGAAUUAGAAUUAAUAAACGUAAGUACCGAGCAUGACAAAAAGGAGUUGAAAAUAGGGAUGUUGAUCACUACAGAUAUGAGGAGUGAGUUGGUCGCCCUCUUGCGGGAGUAUGUGGAUAUUUUUGCUUGGUCAUACGCUGACAUGCCCAGUUUGGAUACUGAAAUAGUAGUGCAUAGGUUACCUUUGAUUGAGGGUUGCCGAUCAGUCAAACAAAAGCUAAGAAGGACAAGACCUGAUGUGUUGCUCAAAGUAAACAAAGAGAUAACAAGACAGUGGGAUGCAGGUUUCUUGGAGGUAGUAGAAUAUUCUGAAUGGGUGUCUAACAUUGUGGCGGUUCCCAAGAAGGACAACAAAAUCAGGGUGUGCGUGGAUUUUUGGGAUUUGAAUAGAGCAAGCCUAAAGGAUGACUUCCUGUUACCUCAUAUAGACGUGUUGGUGGACAAUGCUGCUAAGAGUUCCACUCACUCUUUCAUGGAUGGUUCUCCGGUUAUAAUCAGAUUAAAAUGGCUGAAGCAGAUAAGAGAAAGACGACAUUUAUCACCCCAUGGGGAACUUACUGUCUACGUGGAUGACAUGAUCGCAAAGUCCAAAGAUGAAGAAAGCCAUAUCCCAGCUCUGAGGAAAUUGUUCGAGAGGUUGAGAAAAUAUCAGUUGAAAUGGAAUCCUGCAAAGUGUACAUUCGGGGUGAAAUCAGGCAAAUUAUUAGGAUUUGUGAUGAGUAAUAAAGGCAUAGAAGUGGACCCCGACAAAGUAAAAGCCAUACAAGACAUGCCUGCUCCAAAGAUCGAAAGAGAAGUUCGUGGCUUUUUAGGGCGCUUGAACUAUAUUGCCUGUUUUAUCUCACAACUUACAGUCACAUGUGAAUCGAUUUUUCGAUUACUCCGAAAGAAGAAUCCUGGGACAUGGGAUGAAAAUUGCCAAAAAGCUUUCGAUAAAAUCAAGCAGUACUUACAAAAACCACCAUUGUUGGUACCGCUUGUGCGCGGAAGGCCACUCAUCCUGUAUUUAACUGUGACCGAAUCAGCUAUGGGUUGUGUGUUGGGGCAACAAAAUGAGUCAGGAAGAAAGGAGCAAGUCAUCUACUAUUUGAGCAAGAAGUUCACUGAGUGUGAAUCCCGUUAUAGUAUGGUAGAGAAGUUAUGUUGUAGUCUGGUGUGGAGUGCGAAGAGGUUGCGACAAUAUAUGUUAUACUACACUACCUGGUUGAUCUCAAGAACGGACCCACUAAAGUAUAUCUUUGAAAACUCAUACAUGUCGAGUAGAAUAGCCAGAUGGCAAGUACUGCUAGCUGAGUAUGACAUCAUCUACAUGACAAGAAAAUCAGUAAAAGGAAGCGCAAUUGCUGAUCAUUUAGCCGAUAAUGCUAUUGAGGAUUAUAAGCCAUUGAACUUUGACUUUCCUGAUGAAAAUGUGCUAGUAACGAAAAAGGAAGAGAAGAGUGGUUGGUGGGCCAUUUGUACAAACAACACAACUGAGUAUGAAGCUUGCAUCCAUGGAUUGGAAGUUGCAUUAGAGAUGGAAGUAGGGAAAUUAGAAGUAUAUGGAGACUCAAUGCUAAUAAUCUAUAAGGUAAAAGGUGAAUGGCAGACAAGGGAUGAAAAGUUAAGACCAUACCAGGAAUACCUCUCCAAAUUGGCUGAAAGCUUUGAUGAAAUAGAAUUUACUUAUUUGGGGAGAGACAGAAAUCAGUUUGCCGAUGCGUUAGCUACCUUAGCUUCUAUGGCUAUAAUUGAUUUUGGUGCUAAAAUUCAACAUGUAAACAUCGAGAUCAGAAAUUCUCCCUCUCAUUGUUGUUUAAUAGAAGAAGAAACGGACAACGGCCCAUGGUACACGGAUAUAAAAAGAUUCAUCCAGCAUCAAAAGUACCCGUUGGGAGCCUCAAAGACAGAUAAAAGGACCUUGAGAAGAAUGGCUAUGGAAUACUAUAUAGAUGGAGAGAUUUUGUAUAAAAGGUCAUUUGAUGGGACUUUGCUGAGAUGUCUGGGGGAUUUGAAAGCCAACAAGGCCCUACAAGAAGUACAUGGUGGAUUUGUGCUACCCACGUGCUACAAAUGUCAAGUGUAUAGCGACAAAAUCAAUGCGCCUCCUGCACCCUUAUUUAACAUGGUGUCUCCCUGGCCCUUUGCAAUGUGGGGAAUAGAUGUGAUUGGGCUUAUUAAUCCAAAAGCCAGUAAUGGACAUCGUUUUAUCCUUGUAGCGAUUGAUUACUUUACCAAAUGGGUAGAGGCCUACUCAUAUGCCCAUGUGGCUCAAAAAGUGGUCAAACGGUUCAUCGAGAAAGAUCUAAUCUGUAGAUACGGUGUACCCGAGAGAGUAGUGACUGAUAAUGCUAAAAACUUCAAUGGAAAGAUGUUAACAGAGUUAUGCACAAAGUGGAAGAUCAAGCAUUCCAACUCGUCCCCUUACAGACCUAAGAUAAAUGGCGUCGUAGAAGCUGCUAAUAAAAAUAUAAAGAAGAUUGUUCAGAAAAUGGUGAUUACUUACAAAGAUUGGCAUGAAUGGCUUCCUUAUGCUCUCCAUGCGUAUCGAAUAGCAGUGAGGACAUCAAUCGGGGCUAUACCAUACUCUUUAGUACAUGGAAUGGAGGCAGUGGUACCAUUGGAAGUAGAAAUUCCCUCUUUAAGGGUCCUCAUGGAAUCUGGACUUGAGGAGACUGAAUGGGUCAAGAUACAAUACGAGUAG